UACUGGUGAUGAUCCAACAGUAGCCAAGAAACAACUGCGUGUCUCGACGUGAGAAGGAGGUUUUUAUCUAGAUUUGAGGAAAUCCUAAAGAACAUCUAUCUUCUUUGGAGAUAGAUGAUAGGAGAUCUACCAGUAUUAUUGAAUGCGCUCAGUUAAAGGCUUUGAGGACGUGAAGUAACUUCGCUAUAGAGACUGAUUUUCUUCGGGAAUUUCAUAUAUCACUAGCUUUUAAAAAGCAUACAAAUUACGCGAAAACAUCUGUUUUCCUAAAAUGGAGCUGAAAUGGGCACUUCUUUUGGGCCUCUUUCUGCCUUCAUGCAGUGGAUGUGCCAUUGGAUUUAAAUUUGUUAAAGGGAAAUGUGUUGAUGAGGAUGAGUGUGCUGAAACCCUAGUGUGUGGAGAUCACUCGAACUGUGUAAAUACAGAGGGAAGUUAUUACUGCAUCUGUAAUGAAGGAUUCAAAAAGAGCUUAACAGGAACAUGUGAAGAAAUAAAUGAGUGUUUUGAGAAUGAAUCCCCCUGCUCGGCUGACAAGAUGUGUGUAAACUCAAUUGGUUCCUACAAGUGUAUUUGUCCAUAUGGGUACCAGCAGAUGGGCAAAGCAGAUUGUGAAGACAUGGACGAGUGUUUGUCCUCGGUGUGUGGAGUUCACAGCAGCUGCUUUAACACCCCGGGCAGUUUCUUCUGCGACUGUUCUCCAGGGUUUCGCAGACACAAGAAGAGCACCAGCGGCCCCUGUGUAGACAUCAAUGAGUGUGAAGAUGAUCCAGAUGUUUGUGGCUCCAAUGCAGACUGCUACAAUCAUUUCGGCAGCUACAUCUGCAAAUGUCACCAGGGUUACAGUAACUAUGGCAACAACCAGUCCAAAUGCAUUGAAAUGGAUUGUGAUCAGUUCGAACCAGAUUCAGAGUCAGGUGGAGACCACACUCCAGAGAAAUUGAAGCAUUUGAUGUCACUGUUGAAGAACAGCUGUAAGUCUCUGAUUGAUCCAAACGGAGAACAUUUCACUGGAGAGAAACUGUUGGAGGAUUUGUGCAGUUCCUCCGACGAGCUGCUGUCGGAUGGAAACAUCGCUGAUGGGAAGAUGUUGAGUCACUUUCUGGACACGGUGGAGAACAGCAUGCGUCUGAUCGGACCUCAGCUGAGAGAACCUGUGACCAGGAUGGAGACGCACAACACCUUCGCCGAGGUCGCAGUCAUGAAGAGCCAGACUCCGCCCAGUGGGCAUGUCACUCUAAGAUCAGGCUCCGCCCUCUUCAACACCAGCUGGGAAACGGUUGUAGGGAAAUCAUAUCCAGGUUUUGCGUUUGCGGCUCUGGUCAGUUAUAAAGAUCUGAACCCCAGCAAUCUGCUCCAUACGAUGAGCAGCAAAGAACCAGACGAUGAAGAGAGAAGCGUCACUUAUCAGCUCAACUCUGAAGUGGUGACGGCUGUCGUCAGUAACACAGAAACCAAACAUCUGUCAGAGCCGGUGACGCUCGUCUUUACACACGUGGAGGAUAGGGCGGAGACUAGGGGCGUGGCUUAUGCCUGUGUGUACUGGAAUGAGUCGGAGGGGGCGUGGUCUAAUGAGGGCUGUGUGAGGGCGGAGUCUAACAGCACUCACACAGUGUGCUCCUGCUCUCAUCUCAGCAGUUUUGCUGUGCUGAUGGCUCUCUAUCCUCUCCAGGACUCGUUUGAGUUGGUGUUGAUCACUCGUGUGGGUUUAGUUCUGUCUCUGGUCUGUUUGUUUCUCUGUAUCUUGACGUUCCAGUUCUGCCGCUCCAUCCAAGGAACCCGGACCAGCAUCCACCUCCAUCUGAGCAUCUGUCUCUUCAUCGCAGACCUCGUCUUCCUCUGUGGGAUCUCCAGCACUCACGAUCAGGUAGGGUGUGGGAUUGUGGCCGGUCUGCUUCAUUUCUUCUUCUUGUCUGCGUUCUGCUGGAUGCUGCUGGAGGGGGUUCAGCUCUACAGGAUGGUUGUGCUGGUGUUUCACACCACAUUAAAACAUCUCUACUUGUGUUUGGUGGGAUACGGAGUCCCUCUCGUCAUCGUCAUCAUCUCUGCCAUCUCCUCCCCAAAGGGAUACGGCACCGAUAGACACUGCUGGCUCUCUCUCGAUGGUUACUUCAUCUUGAGUUUCUUCGUGCCCAUCUGCAUCGUCAUGAUCCUCAAUUGUUUUUUCUUCAUCAUCACUGUCUGGAAACUGGCUCAGAAGUUCUCCAGCCUCAAUCCAGACCUCUCCAAUCUCAACAAGAUCAGGAGUUUCACGGUGACUGCCGUGGCUCAGCUGUGUGUCCUCGGAGGAACGUGGAUCUUCGGCUUCUUCCUCUUCCAGGAGAAAGGGACUGAAGUCAUGCUGUACCUCUUCACGAUUUUAAACAGCCUGCAGGGGGCGUUCAUCUUCAUCAUGCACUGUCUCCUCUCCAAACCGGUCAGAGCAGCGUAUUACAGUCUGUUUGUCCGAAUGUGUCCACACAAGAAGAAAAUGGAGUACAGCACCAGCAACAGUCAGAAACCUCUCCGGAGCGAGGACAGCACAGGAGAGUCACACAUAUAAACACUCAUCACACAUCAACACUUGAACGCUUUCUGUGAAAAAGAAGACUUCAGUUUAACAAGGGCUCGUCAAUUUGUCCUCCUCCUUCCUGUCCAAUCAGAAGAUCUGAAAAGCGCUGUCUUAGUAAGAGUACUGAUAUGAAAUCAUUAUACAGAAUCAUGUGCUUGUCAUCUGAACACGCCACUAAAUGAACCGAAUGAUGAGUGUGCUUUGGUUUUUCCUUGUAUGUUUUGUACAUUUUAGAUUACGCAAAAAGGCAGCUUCUUAAAAAUGAUGUUUUAUCGUGUAUCUUUGUUUGAUUAUAUCAUAAAAACUGUAAAAAAAAUAAAAAUAAAAGAAAUGAUUAAAAUUGUAGUUCCAACCGUUAAGAGCUGAUGGCUUUAAAGUACAUAAAUGAUCUUCAGAAAGAUUGUUGUUUUAAAACUUAAUGAAAGAUGUAUUAUGUAUUAUGAUGUAUUGAAUUAUUAAGGUCUGUAUUGUUAUGUUUAUGUGAUUUAAAGAUUUAUUUUUAUGAA